AUGGCUCAGAAAUACCCGAUUCCCCCUCCGGAAAAGUACCUGGCGCUCGCCACCACCAGCGUCGGCUGCGGGCCUGGCGGAGGCACGCCCAUGAUUGCCCGUGUGGCCGUCGUCGAUUACCGAGGGCAGACCGUCUUCUGCUCAUACGUCCUCCCCACCAACCCGGUCACGGACUACCGCACCAACACCACCGGCAUCCAGGCCUCAGAUCUCCAGCCAGGCAACGCCCUGCCUUGGAAGGACGUGCAGCAACGCGUCGCGCAGCUGAUCAGGGACAGGAUUCUAGUGGGCCAUACACUCUGGCAAGACCUGUCCGUUUUGGGGAUCCCCCACCCCGCAGUGGCGACGCGCGAUGUCGCGUUGUAUCAACCGUUCCGCAACGCCCUGCGCUCCCCCAACCAGGCCAUUGGUCUCCAGACGUUGAUGUGGCACCUCAUGCGGCGCAGAGUCCAGGAGACCCACGUCUGUGCGCUGGAGAACGCGCGCGCAGCGCUGGACCUUUACCGCUCCCAUGCCGAGGAGUGGGAAGCCACCGUCGCGAGGGGACAGUGGCCGUCGUUCCUCCCGCCGAGCACGUUCUCGAGGUGCUAUCUGUGA